CUACAUCUCCCAGAGGGCAGUGCGGAGGGGAACGCGGGGCCUGCAGCAGCACACAGGACACGUCAAGUUCAUUGAGUGACUGGCAUGCUGGGAACUGGAGGGAGUCAUGAGUCUGUGCCAGUAUCUGUGGAGGGCAGCGGUGAGGGGGCAGCCGCUCCUGUACUGCCCGCCCCACAGCUGGAGGGCGCCCUCCAUCGGCCGGGUGCAGCACUUCUUCACAGGCAGGCGCUUGCCCCAGGUUCGGGAGCAGAACAAGCGCACUAAUCUGCAAGUCAAGGCUGAAGGGGCCCCUCCACUGACCGCAGCCCAGAAAGUGAAAGAAGCGGGAAGAGACUUUACCUAUCUCAUUGUGGCUCUCAUCGGGGCUGGAAUUACCGGAGGACUUUUAUAUGUGGUGUUCACAGAACUGUUUUCUUCAUCAAGCCCUAGUAAAUUAUAUGGAAAUGCAUUUGAGAAGUGCCGAAAGCACCCCGAGGUUAUUGGAGCUUUUGGUGAACCUAUCAAGGCAUUUGGAGAGGCCACAAGGCGUGGAAGAAGACAGCAUGUUGCCUCCAGUGAGUACUUGAAAGAUGGCUUGAGGUGCAUGCGGUUGAAGUUCUACAUUUCAGGUUCAGAGCCAAGAUUGCAAGGUGUCGUGCAUGUGGACUUGAAGGAGAACCCACAAAGCAAGAAGUAUGAAUUUCAGUAUAUACUGGUUGACAUCGACACUUUUCCACGCAGAACCAUUGUUGUGGAGGAUAAUCGGUAUAUGAAUUAGGAAAGUACUGUGGUAAUGAAAAAGCUUUUCUGGAGUGUUGGAAGCCAUAAGGCUUGCUUUGGCAGGAAGUGUAAUGCCCAGGAUGAGCUGCAAAUGAAUCGUGACCCGUUUGUUUGGAAGAAGGAAACUGAAAUGAACCAUGUACCACUGGCAUAUGAAGACUCCUUGACCCUUUAUGCCCGUGACAGAAAUCUUGUGCCAGAUACACACAUUGUUCAUAUUGUGAUUUAUAUUAUAUUUUUUUUUAAGCGUCUUAACUAUGUGCUUUUUAUGUUUUGAAAGGGGUUGUCUUUUUUUUUUUUUUUUUCUUUUUUUUUUUAUAUUGAUAACCAUUGGGAUAGGUCAUCAGUAUCAGAUCGGCUGAGGGGCCGACUCCCGGAACCCCACCGAUUAGCUGUUUGAAGAAGAGGAGGUGCUUGUACCAGCGCUGCCUUCUCUUCACUGUUUACCUGCUCGCUGUCACAGCUGCAGCAGGUGUAGUUACAGAAACACUGUCCCAUUCACUUCAAUGCAGCAGCUCCUUCCUGUUCAGGUGAAUAGGAUGAAGCCGUCCUAUUGAAGUGAAUGGGGAUGGAGCAGUUGUAAUCAGACCUGCUUACUGCUGCUUUUGCGACAGCAAGCAGGUAAAGAGAAGGCAACGCUCCUACAAGCGCCUCCUCCUCUUCAAACAGCUAAUGGUGUCGGGAGUCGGAUCCCCCGCCGAUCUGAUAUUGAUGACCGAUCCGGAAUAUAGCUAAUUAAUAU